UGGACAAAUAGAUCCAACAGUGAUACAUCUGAGAAUUUUCUGUUUUAAUAAACAAGAAUAUUUGAGCUCCCAGAUGAAUUCCUCAUCUUUGAACUUCAACAUGUCCAGGGCCCUGACUUACAGAGAUUCUCCAGGCACUGCUGUGGCAAAGAAUGUGCUCAUUAUGGCUCUGGGCAUUUCCAUCAACUAUAUCAAUGGAACACUGAUUCACACCUUCAGAAAACACCAAAUAUUUUACAUGAAUCCUCGUUACAUCCUUUUCAUCCAUCUGGUGGUAAAUGAUAUGAUCCAGUUGACUGCAUCAAUCAGCCUAUUUGUCAUUAGUUACGUCUUCUACAAAAUCAACGCCUCCUUCUGUUGCUUUAUCGUAACCUUUGCUGUUUUCACCACUGUCAAUACUCCUUUAAAUUUAGCCCUGAUGGCGGUGGAGUGCUACAUUGCUGUUUGUUUCCCGUUGCAACAUGCUGAACUCUGCACCAUAAAACGAACGUAUUUUCUCAUAGGUUGUAUUUGGGUUUUGAGCGCAGCAUCGAUUUUACCAGACAUAUUUAUUAUCCUUGCAACAGAGCCUCUAUGGUUAUUUCACGCCACAAUAUUUUGCCAAAGAGACAACCUGUUCCGACGCCCAAUAAAUAUACAAAAAAGGGAUGUUUCUCAUAUCAUUUUUUUAACUGGAGUUUGGUUCACCCUUUUCUUUACCUACUUCAGGAUAUUUUUUGUUGCUCAAGCUGCUAACUCAGCCAAAGGAAAAGCAAAAAGUGCCAGAAAUACCAUCCUGCUUCAUGGAGUUCAGCUGCUUUUGUGUAUGCUAACAUAUGUAGCUCCUUUGGCACAAAAGAUUUUUUUGUUCCUGGCUCCUGCAUAUUCUGUCCAGAUCCUUUUUGUUUUGUACAUAUUGAUCCAGAUUCUGCCCAGGUUGGUCAGUCCUAUUGUGUAUGGGCUACGAGACUGCACAUUCAAACAGUACUUGGGGAAGUAUUUUCUGUGUACUGUUAGAGCAGCCAAUAAACUGCAUCCAUCAGCGAAGCUUUCAGUAUCCUGAAUUGGAUCAUUAUAAAGCACGUGGUUUCCUGUCCUGUACUUAGAUAAA